GUGUGGCUGCUGCUCACAUUUAAUGGUAUUUUGUGUCACACUGUGUGGUUAAUUUCCAAGUUUUCAAGGUUGAAUAUGGCAGCUGCUAACAGACCAUCACCAGCUCAGUCAGGACCAAAUGGAGGGAACAUACACACUCGCCCGAGCAGCGGUAUAACAAACUCUGGACAACAGGACCCAGGACCUCCGUUCCAUCCCCAACACCACAUGUCUGCCCGGCCUGUCUUCUACAUCCCUGCCCCGGCUCCACCCCCACCCCCUUUCCUCCACUACCAAUGGCCCAUGCCCUUCUCUUAUAACCCCUUUGCUGGCUUCCCAGGCAUGGGCUAUGGUAUGGUCAUGCCCCCAUUCCCUCCUCCCCCUACAUGGAGUCUCCAGCCUACAUUAUGCCCAACCCUCAAAUCCAGCCAGUUGACUACAGGCGCUUCCUCCACCCCCAUUUCCAUGCUCCCAGUGCACCCUAUCAGAACCCAAACCAGACCCGCAGGGGUCACCUGCCUCAUGCUGUCCCUCCUAGAGAAACCGUAAACUCCGAGGUCCAAACAGAACCCACACAAAGAGGCCUAGAUGCUUUUGAUGAGGGAAGCCCGCAUAUCAGCUCAGAUUGUGGGCUAGGAACUGCCUCAAUCUCUCCCUCCUCUUCAAGCUCCAGCUCCCCAAAACAAGGCCCUACCAAGGCUGAGGACUAUACCAAACCCAGCAGUAAUUCAAAUGACUUGCAU